CAAACAAAAAUAUGGCGGGUAGUCCAGCGGAAAGCCGUCGUCAAAUAUGUGAUUUAUGUGCCUUUCCGAACGUUUUUAUUUGAUUAUUUAAUGUCAAUCUGUAACUAUCGGUGGUAUUAGUCGUAUUUCUUACGAGAUUUAGAUGAAAUGCAAGAGAAAACGUAUCUAAAAGUUGUCCUUCUAGGUAAAGUUAACAGCGGAAAGACAUGCCUUGUUACUCGAUACAUCACACGGUCAUUUAGCGAGGAAACGCCAAGUACAAUUGGAGCAGCAUUUUGUAGAAAAGAUCUUUAUAUUCAAGGCAGGAAUCUUUCCCUAGCAAUUUGGGACACAGCUGGAGCAGAAAGGUAUCAAGCAAUGAGUGCCAUGUAUUACCGUAGUGCUAAAGCAGCCAUCUUAUGCUAUGACCUAACAGACAGAGCAAGCUUUGAUAAAGCCAAGUUUUGGGCCGAUCAACUUAAAGCUGCAGAACCUGAUUGCAAGAUCUAUCUUUGUGGAACAAAACUUGAUCUAAUAGAAGAAGCUGUGCAGCCAAGGGAGAUCCAGACAAAAACAGUCUUAAAUUAUUGUAGAGAAAUUGGUGGUGAUAUGUUUGAAACAUCAAGCAAAAGAGGAUACAAUGUUGAUAAGGUUUUUGAGAGGAUAGCAGAGGAUUUUAUGAAAUCCAACAAACCUGUUUCCUCUGGACCAAGGGGUGAUGUGCAAGUAGACAACAAGCCAACAGCAAGAAAGUCAUGUUGUUAAUAGAGGUGUAACAGAAACCUGUCAGCAGGGCUGGGUGGCCUGUGCUUUCAUACAUAUGCAUUCAGCAUACCAUCAUUGUCACAGGGAACCUGCUGAGUUGGCCAGCUGCACGUCAGUCAAGGAGACUGUCACUACCAUUUUAACAUGCUAGAUUGAUAAAAAAUUGAUGAAGUAUGUAUUGUAUAGGGCCUAUUAGAUGUUGAAGCUAAGUUUGGUUUUGUAAAUAGAGACAAAAAUAGUACUGUUAUUUUAGAUAUCUUCAUACACUAGAUAUGGCAAGAAACAUUUGCUGGGGUAUCCUUAAAAAUGCCUCUUUUAACUUGUGAUAGAAUGCCAGACUCUCUUUCCAAUUUGUGUGGUAGUUCCAUGUGAAAACUGAGGGAGAAGUUGGAGUUGCAUCAAAUGUGACUAAUACCCCAUUCAGACCAGCAAAGCAUGUUUUGUUAAACUAGUUUUUACUGUAUGAAAAUCAUAAACAGAUAACUGAAAAAUUGGAUUUUCUAUAAGAUUCAAGUAAUUGCUAACUUUUGUUUCCAGUGUGCUACAUUUGAAGUCAACAAAAAUCAGUUUAAGUAGUUUACAAAAAGGUUAAACUGUGUUUAACAAAACUAAGCUUUGGUGUGAAGUGGGUAUCAGUGCUGUAUUCCACACAUUCAUUUGUUUGUCCAGCAUUCAAUUUGAAGUUUCAUUUGCAGGUUUUAAUAUGCCACAAAUGCAAUAAUUUUGAAAGUAUAGUGCCUUAUUAAAUUUUCUUAAGUAAGAACAGUAUCUGAACUCCAGUUUGAGAGUUGUGGCUUAUUUUGAUCCCAUUAAUACUUUUUUUUUUUACAGAAACUUAAUGACAUACACUGAAAUGAGUGACAAGACCAUUAUGUGUAUUUAUUAUUACAGUUAUUGUGGUCUUUUGGCAUAAUCAGAUUAAUAUAUUUUGAGGUCUUGCAAGAUAUAUCAAAUUUAUGUAUUGAAAAUGCUUCUCAGUUAUUCAAUUUAAUUGAUUUGUAGUCUCGUGUACAUUUUUGUGAGGUGCUUGCUGAGAGAGCUAUUGGAUCUGUUUUUUUAGCGCCAUUUACUUCAAAUGAAACUGUGUAACAUUAAUUUUUGUGAACAAGCACACUUAAAACGUGUACAUGUAUGUCCAAAACUGAGGAUGUUUCUAUAGGGCAAGAGUUGACUGUAAAGAUGGAAAAGGUGAUUAUUAACUGCAGUGCAUGGAUGGUCUAAUGAAAGAGAAAGAUAAGCAAUUUUUUUAGCCUGUGAUUAAGCAUCCCAGUAAGAUUAAAACAGUGUAAAAUUAUGAGGGCUGAGAUAGGGGUCAUUGUGUGAAACAAGCUAACCAAAGGGCAGACUGUUGGACAGUAGUCUAUUAGAUGGCCUCCUUAACUUUGCCUCCUUUUGUUCUAAUCUAAGAGGGAACUGAUUGGUAGUGAGAAAUGAUAUAUCAAUUUAAAUAUUUAUAUUGAAGAGGCAAAUUGUUAAAGUGAUUAUAAACAGUCAUGUAGUUCAUAGAUAAGCAUGUCCAUAUGUCAAAAUUGUAUUGAUUUUUGACAAUAAAAUGGUCUUAUUUGUUCUCUGAA